UAUUAGAAAACAGACAGAAAGCUCCUCCCCUGUUCGGUCUGAGACCUACACACUCGACUCGCAGGCCGCAGCAGACGCACGUCGUACGGUUCUCCGGCGGUCCGGCCGGUCACUCUCACUCUCUCACACUCACUCAAUCACUCUCUCAAUCUCUCGUUCAGCACUAUCUUUCUUGUUUUCUAGCUCUUUCCCGAAUGCUCUCUUAUGUUCUGUCUCCGCUUUUUUCCCCACACUAUGCACAAGCUGUGGGUCUUCUCGCAAACAGUCGCUCUAUUCUUUGGGUGGAGGUCAGGGUUUGAAGGAGAAGUGAGCUAAAUCAAGAUAGUGCUCUAUUAACAUCUGCAAAAUGCUGGGUGGACCUGGACUUGAAUCAGUUGUUGACCAAAUCAUAUCCGUUAUUACAAAUGAUGGUCGUAACAUAGUGGGAGUUUUGAAAGGGUUCGAUCAAGCUACGAAUAUAAUUCUUGAUGAAUCUCAUGAAAGAGUUUAUUCCACCAAGGAAGGUGUUCAACAACUUGUAUUAGGUCUCUACAUCAUAAGGGGUGAUAACAUAAGUGUUAUUGGGGAAUUAGAUGAAGAGCUUGAUGCAGGGUUGGAUUUGUCAGAACUGAGAGCUCAUCCUCUGAAGCCUGUUAUUCACUAAUGAAUCUUACAUGGUAUGCAUAGUUAAGCUUGAAUAUUUUGCAAGGAAAUUAGAAUUUGGUUUCUGAAAGAAAAAGAUGCAUGAAAACAGAAGUGCUUAUUGUUGUUCAUUAGCUUAUGUGGUUCUUAGGGUGAGAUCUUUUAUCGACUGAUGUUUGGCUGCAUCUUAUGAAAAUUUUGGGGUUCAUGUUGA